AUGAACUUCAUCGGCUCCGGAGUAGUCUUCAACGUGCCGCAGUUCUUCAAGGAGCUACAAGAUCUAUCGGACAAGGGACUUGAGGCCGUUCACGACAGAAUACGUGUGUCUGACCGAGUGCACAUCGACCUACAGCUUCACAUCGCUGCUGAUGGACUCGAAGAGCAGGAGCUCGGAGAGGGCAAGAUUGGAACAACUGGACGCGGCAUCGGACCUUCUUAUAGCUGCAAAGCUGCGCGAAGUGGUAUUAGACUGGCUGAUGUCUUUAACCCCAAGCUGUUCGAGCAAAAGCUUCGGCGAUUGGCCGACGGCUACCGAAAGCGCUACGGAGAUCUCUUCAAGUACGACGUCGAAGAGGAGCUUGCCCAGUUCGAGGAGUACCGAGAGAAGCUGCGUAAAUAUUCUGUUGAUGGAGUAUCCUUUAUGAAGACAGCGCAGAAGAGCAACACUCCCAUUCUGAUCGAGGGAGCGAAUCAGUACGUGACAUCGUCCAACACCUCGCUCGCUGGUAUUAUCGGCGGACUUACCUUGGAUCCCACCAAGAUCACUGAUAUCAUCGGAGUCGUCAAGGCUUACACGACAAGAGUGGGCUCGGGAGCUUUCAAGACUGAAGACUUGGGAGAGCUCGAUUUGGUGGUUCUGAAGUACUCAAAUGACAUCAACAACUACACUGCUCUGAACUUGACCAAGGCAAGCACCUGCGGUUUAUCAGCUCUUGAUGUUCUCGACACCUUUGAGACGAUCCGCGUCGCAACAGCCUACAAGAUCGACGGCAAGGAAAUUGAAUCAUACCCAGCUGAUCUGGAUAUCUUGGACCAAUGCGAGGUUGUGUACAAGGAUUUCCCAGGAUGGCAAACACCCACGACAAAUGCCAAGUCCUUCGAGGAGCUACCUAAAGAAGCGCGUGCAUACGUUGAGAUCAAGUACAUCGGUACCGGUCCCGAUCGUGAGGCAAUGAUCAAGCGCGCUUAG